AUUAUUACGUAUGGUGCAGUUCAGUUCAAAUAGACAGUCGCAAUGUUGAAGUCGGUGAUAGUAGUUUUGUGUCUAGCAUUGGUCGUCGAUGCCGCGCUCGUGCGCAUACCGUUAACUAAACCCAAUAAGCGGCGUUCGAUUAAAAACUACAGCACACAUUUGGCCUUAUUGCGCAGCAAAUUCAAUUCGAAUUUCAUCGUUGCCAACGAACAAUUGAGCAACUACGAGGACGAUCAAUAUUAUGGACCUAUCACCAUCGGUACACCACCGCAAAAUUUUAAUGUGCUCUUCGACAGCGGCUCAUCGAACUUAUGGGUACCUGGAGCACCGUGCGCUGCCAACGAUACCGCUUGCUCUACACACAAUACCUACAACUCCAGCGCAUCGAGCACUUAUCAAGUGAAUAAUCAAAGUUUCGCUAUACAAUAUGGUAGCGGCAAUUUAACGGGCUACUUAGCGGAAGAUACCGUCAAUGUUAGCGGUUUGGUUAUAACAGGACAAACUUUUGCCAUAGCCACCUCGGAGCCUGGCACCACAUUUGUCUACUCUGAAUUCGAUGGCAUUCUGGGUAUGGCUUAUCAACAGAUUUCGGUUGACAACGUUAUACCACCAUUCUACAAUAUGUACACGCAAGGUUUGAUCGAUUCGCCCGUCUUCGCAUUCUACCUGACCAACAAUUCCGCUGAUGGUCUCCCUGCUAAUGGUAGUGAGCUCACGCUCGGUGGUUACGAUACUACGCAUUUUAUUGGUGAUAUAACUUAUACACCGGUUACUCUCGAAGGGUAUUGGCAAUUCAAUGUGGAAUCGAUUACUAUUGGCACUAGUACAGCCAUAUGCUAUAGUUGUUCGGCGAUUUGUGAUUCUGGCACUAGUCUGUUAGCUGUACCGACCGCACUUUACACAGCUGUACAGGCUACGCUUGGUGCUAUAUUGAAUGAAGAUGGUUUGUAUGUGUUCGAUUGCACCCAAACAAGCAGCCUGCCGGUAGUUUCGUUCAACAUCGCUGGAACCACCUUUACAUUGGAUAGCAGUAAUUAUGUUUAUGAAAUGGAGGGACCUUAUGGCAAUAUAUUAUGUGUGUCGGCUUUCGAGGAUGGCGGCACGAACUUCUGGAUUCUGGGCGAUGUCUUCAUUAUGAAAUACUACGCAAUCUUCGAUAUGGGCAACAAUCGAGUCGGUUUCGCGACGGCUGUUAGUAAUUCCAGCAAUAUAGAAGUAGUAGGAGGCGGCGCUUUAAAUUUGAGCCCUAACUUAUUGGGUAUCAUAAUACCUGUUCUAUUGGCUUUCUAUUUUAAAGCAUAAUUAAAUGUUGCAUGUGAGAUUUAUAAAUAUCUAAAUUAUACAUUGCAACACAUUUUA